AAGACUACUGCAACAAGAAAUGUUUCGAAGUCAUUCGUUAAACGAGAAGCUGGAGGCGCUGCGGUCAUGUUAUGAUGCUGGAUCCAUCAGUCUCCAAGCUUUCAGAUUCUUGAAGCAAGCGUUUCUCGACCUCGAGGAUGCCUCAGCAGGGCUCCAGAGAGUCCCAUCGCGUGGGAAGGAGGAGAAGCGGAGACAAGAAGUAGCAUCUUUAUUUCCAACAACUCAGGCAGGCUUCUCUUGGGAAACGACCAAGCAAAGCAACGACCGAAGGUUGAGCACAACUUUCCAACGACGUAGCACAAGGCAGGCAACAUCUACAGCAGGAACCGAAAGUGAAGAGAAAAUGAUGAGAUCUUACAUCCCGCGAAGGAGAUCGGAUGUGAGCAUCUGUCACUAUGGAGCCUUCAACGGCACUGAAAAGGCGACUGAAGUUCUUGUGUUUUCUCCUCUCUCGAGCAACUGCAGUCCUCGCCGACAUUCACCUGUUGCCGCUGAGGAGGCCAUGGACACGAGCAGCUUUGCUUUGCGAUCCCAACAGGAACCGCGGAUGUCAACGACUCAGAUGAUGCAACAAGCGUUUGCGCGAGAGCGAUGGAUCACUUCGGCUGACAGCAUCGUCUUGUCUCCUGGUGAAGUGCCGCAGCAGUACCGCAUGGUCCCUGGCAGGAACUUGCAUUGAUAUAAAAGCAUUGAGCU